AUGGGGAAGAGAAGACAGAAGCCGCUUAUACGACGCCAGGACAACAGCCGCAUAGGCUGCAUGGCAGGCCUCAUCCGCAUGUUCUAUUCCCGCCAUGACGCCAAUAAGCUCCUGUUGGACAGGAAGCAAGGGAGCAGCAGAAGGCACACUUUCAGUGGCUUUCCUGGAAGGAGCCACUCAAGAAAGAAUUCCAAGGACUUGGACGAAAUAGAUGAAUACGACGAUAACAUGGAGGGAUCCAGUUCGAGCAAACCAACAACAGUCAAAAGACUUAUGGAGGACGAGCUAGGAAAGGUAAAACAGCUGAAGAUUCCAAAUGAUGAGGUCCAGAGAAUAUUAGCUGACCUGGGACAUGGUGCCUGCCUGGACAAAAGUUCAACCCAGAACAGCAAAGCGAAGGGAAACCAAAAUCACAGCAGAAGUAUCACCAUGGCUGCUCCAUCUGGAUCUUUGGAUCCCACUGGUUCCAGCUGCAUGAAAGAAGCAGAAGAAAAUGAACUUGAAUUUGCCUUGGCAGAUUUCUUAGGACAAAUUCAUGGGGAGCAUGAUGACCAGCCUCAUAAAAAUUGCAAGAAUAAUGGGGAGCUAUGUACGGAGCUGAAGGUCCUAAUCCAAACAAAGAUUGCUGAGUUAGAUAAUCCUCGUUGCACACUUGCUUAUGAGCAAACUCCACAGGGUGAGGAAAAGGAUACUGCUGAUGGCAAACAUCUAUGUAGCAGCAGUGAAACUCAACCCAAAAAAUUCAGAGAUGCACUGGAGAUGCUAAGCUCAGACACUGAACUUUUCUUGAAGUUACUUCAGAAGCCAAAUUCACAUAUUUUGGAGAGCGUCCAAAGGCACCAAAACAGGCUGAUAGGGACCAGGCUAGAGCCCACAAAAAUGGCAGAUAAUACCGACUCCAACAAAGAUACAAAGAGUCUGAAUCAGCAUGAGUUGGCCACCAAGACACAUGGUAAAGAGAGUAGGCAUAUCUUUUUCUGGAAGAAGGAAAGAUCAAACAGAAGGCAGACUGCAGAAGGAACCAGUAGUAGUUCUCAGCCAGUCAACAAAAUAGUUAUACUGAAGCCAAAUCCAAGAAGAGAGAUUGACCAUGCUGUGGCUGUAAGUUCAACUCAAGCUCCAAAAUUAGGUGCAACUGAAAGCUCAAAAUUUUCAAUUAAGGAAGUCAGAAGGAGAUUCAGAAUCGUGAUUAGUGAAGCUACAAAAGGAAGACCCUCAGUGUCUGAAGAUAACCUCAAAAAAGAUCAACAUUGUUUCAAAAGUUCAGCUUUCACGAUAAUAAAAGAUACCAGACAGCUUGCUGAACAGACCUCGGAAGGGAAAUCCUCAUCUAUAGUUAUAAAGGAUUUUAGAUCAUCAAAUAGCAGUAGGCAAAAGAAAAGGAAUGAUGGAUCAACCGAAAUUAACAGUAGCAUAAUUACAUCAUCAAAGGAUGAAUCUGUCUUCUAUGACGAGGCCAAGAAACAUCUAACAGAGAUUCUGAAGGACAAAAGACAAACAACCAAGCACCCAACACUUCAGAUCUCAAGGUCCUUGGUGAGGAUGCUCUCCCUCCCUCAGUCCAGCACAUCAUCACCUAGGAGUAGCCCUAGGGCAACAGACUGCAUUUACCUUUCACCCGAAGAGACAGGCAUUCAUGCAAUAUACAAGUCAAAGAGAGAAGAAUUUUUAAAAGAAGAAAGCCAGUCAGGAGAAUUUUCAGAGAGUGUUGUGUGUGAUCCUAGUGAAGCACUGCAUGAGCAGGCUGUUCAGGAAAGGUGUUGCGCCAAAGAAGAAAGUCAAAAAACAACACAAGAAGGUGCUGAACUUGACACUCUGUGCACUGAAGAAAUUGACAAGCUGGAUUGCGUGGAAAAAAAUAGAAAUGCAUGGUGCACCCCAGCAAAGCAAUGCACAUAUAAACCAUCACAAGAUAUGGUGGAAGAAGCAGAACCAGGACAAGUGCAUGUUGGAACAUUUCCAAGCUCCCCUGAGAACGACUUUGAAAAACUAGAAUGCCAAGAGCCCACAACUCCCCGACCGAGUGCACCGAUUGAACAGAUAUCACAAUUUUCUCCUGAUGGAAACCAUGAAAAGCAAGAGCAGCCGAGUCCUGUAUCUGUUCUUGACGUGUUCUUCCAUGAAGAUGUCGACGGUACUGACACUGAAAACAUGAUAGAAUGUGAGUUGCACAAAGAUAUCUUGAGGACACAAUACACCACAGGGGAUGGUUCAGACCAAGGGAUUUUCUGGGACUGGGAGGACAAGGAUCUCAGGUUAGGUUACAUAAAGGAAUUACUAGAGCUUUCAGAAUUGUGCACCAACCAGAACUUAGAGGUAUGGUAUCUAGAAGAUGAAUUGAUCAGCCCUUGCUUGUUCAAAGAACUACAUCAAGGCAAUCAAAUUGAUGAUACGAAGCUUUUAUUUGACUGCAUUUGUGAAGCUGUGACGGAAAUCCAGGAUAUAUACUUUAGAAACCCUCCAUGCUUAUCUUCUCUCAGACACAGCAUAAGGGCACCUCCAGCGGGACGAAACCUUAUCUCAGAAAUCGAUAAGCAUGUCGAGCGCCAUCUCCAUUAUCAAUUUCCAAGCACGUUAGACCAGCUGGUUAACAUGGAUCUUGAAGGUGGCAGUUGGAUGGAUCUUCGAUCAGAAAGUGCAGAGGUCACUGUAGUAAUAUGGGACUGCAUACUGGAUGAGCUUCUGGAAGAAAUAGUUUAUGAUUUGUGGAUUUGA